GCUAGACAAACGCGAAGGUUCUGUUUUGUGUCGCGCGCGAGGUAGUUUCCACUGUGGGAGACCUAUGGUGUGUAGGCAAAAAGAAGUAGAAGAACAAGCAAAAACUGUUUGUAGAAGGGUCUGAAAUCCGCGCGGGGGUACGUGUGUAUGAUUGGUGUCUAGUAAGUACGAUGGAAAGAAGCGGCUGGAUGGUAGCAGUGAGAGGAAUCACCGUCGUCGUCGGAAUCGGACUCGGAACCGAUGAUGACAAGAAGUGAAUCUUGUUUGCUGCUUCGGCGUUGCUAGUGAUGCGAAUAGCAGAAAAAAAUCGCGAACAGAAAAUAGAUUCAGUGCAGUGAUUUUCGGAUUCGGUUUCGGUGACGGACUUUGCCGUAGUAAACCGUAGGUUAGAUGUGUCGUUUGUGCGUUAUUGAUUAAUGGGAUUGGCACAUCGAUUGAUUGGAGAGUAGUAAACCGCAAGGUCAACGUCAGAAGAAGACGGUUCGGACGAAAGAAAAUGCAAAUUGUUGUAAAGAAUGGCCACGUUUGAACGUUUCACCGAAAAAGUUACAAGUCGGCAAACUUUUGCAUCGUUCCCAUCCGACUGAUUCGAGCAAUACGCGUAUUAACACCUUGAUUGGUUUUUUCCAACCACGGUGGGCAGUUACAAAUAUAAAUAAAACGUUGCGUAAGUGCAGCUUUUUCUUAACUUUUACGCCGCGCGGCUGCCGUAUUUUGUCGAAUUUCAGACGACGGACGAACAUCGUUUGCAAUUUUUUUUUUCUCUUCGUUCCCUCUAAUGUCCGUACUUUUCGGCGACCCGUCGUACCUGAAGCUGAAACGGACGUGAACAGAGCGAACAGCGAGCUCGAAAGCCGUCAAGAAGCAGGCAGGCAGUAGUGGGCAGUGAAUGUAGCGGGAGAGAGCGUCGCGCCGCCUUUGCAUUUGCCGCCGCGCGUACAUGUGAGCGAACGCGCAGAAAAAGUGGAGAAAGCAAAAAUUGAAGUAAUUUUAGUGCCAAUUAAAAUUAAAAGUUUGCGAGCCAGUCGGGAGAAGAGCGGCGCAAGGAACCGUGUAAAGUCGUACCGAAAGACGGCAACAUUCUUGGCACAUGGUUUCCGCCGUUUCCACCAUUGCUGGUUCGCUUGCACCGGCACAGCCUGUCUGGUCGGUGAUAAAUUUUUCGCGAAUGUAUUGCACAAACUAGCAAACGUAUGUAAACCGGGAAUCAACCGGGACCAAUAGGAAAGAGUUUGAUGACAGCUUGGCCGUACGACAUUACAUCCUCUCAUACCGACUGCUCACAUCCGGUGACAAUGUACAUCAUACAGCGGAUCCUGUUCCAUCGAGCCCUUGGAAUGCCCUACUUCUACGCCUCAUUCUGAGCACCAAGCGACUUGAAAAUGCCCUACAAGUCGUGAAGUGUGGCUGGGCCGUUUGUGUGGGUGGUUUGUUUGCCGCCAGCGGAAGUGUAGUUUAGAGGAAAAAAACGAAGCCUCUUCAGAUUGGAGAAAAAGUGUUCGUUGCGAUUGAGAUAAAACAAAGAGGAAGUGGAGUGUUUAGGUGAAAAUCAUUUGAAUACCAAACCCGCCCUCACAGUGCAAAGGUGAAAAUCCAAAGUGCUUGUAACGAGGGGCAAUAGAGAAAGAGAGAAUCUAAACGACAAGUGUGUUUUCUACCGAUGGAAAAUGAUUGGGUUCUAGAAGACCCGUUUCAGUCGUGUGUUAUCCUACAAAUCCGGGCUAAAGCAAUUUGAUGAAAAAGUGGGUGUGCGUGAAAAAUAAAGAAGUGUCUCAAGUAAAAUAAUACACAAAGAAAAUUUUCCCGUGCCUGUUGCAAUCAAAUAUCGACGGAAUCCCCCCUCAUCCCUGGGCGCACCGAGAGCGGAGUAUUCCCCUUCCAACCGAACCGAUCCUGUGUAGAAAAAUGACCGAGUACGUUCCGCCACAACUGAUCACGGUGCUGAAAACCUACCAGGACAAUGCUCCUAAGGGUUUACACGGACCUGGUCUCUCGUUGGUUCAUCCCAGCAAGAGCAGUGCUGCUGGCGGUGUUGUCGGUCCUAGCGGACGACCGGAGCGACCAGAAACUCCCGAACAUACAGAUGAACCGGGUGGAAGCUUAAUUGUACAGCCUAUCACUGGACCACUGCCCAUGCCAUCGCAUCCGAUCAUGACCACUCCGGAUCCGGACUGUGGUGUGGUGCAACUUACGAUGCUUGAAGGAAAGAAAAUUGGCUGCUUUCUGCUUGGCGGCGAGAUGAGGCUCUGUUUGCCACAAAUUUUCAACAACAUCCUGAUGGACUUUUCAGUCGAGCAGAUUAAUCGCAGCAUUCAGGAGUUGAUGAUCUAUCUGUACAAUUGCACCGAUCAGCAGCUGCAGGAAUUCAAACGAGCCAACAUCAUUCCUGAAACGGCAAAAACGUGCGGUCUGAUCACUCGGACAAACGCCGAACGGCUCUGUAGCUACAUGCUACAUCAAGCCGACAGCACCAGGAACCGGAAGGGAGCAACUACGUCCUUUCGGGUGUACCAUCGGUGUUUCGGCAAAGCUGAAGGCAUUUUCACGGCCGAACUCUACUCGUACAAGGAACCGGCCUGUAUCGAGUGCUGCGAGUGCCAGGGAAUGUUUUCGCCCCAGAAGUUUGUCUGCCAUCAGCACAACCGGCACGAGAAUCGCACCUGCCACUGGGGGUUCAAUUCGAGCAACUGGCGUGCCUACAUUCACGUGGCACUGGAUGAGGAAAAUCGUGACGCGUAUGUGAAAAUUUUGGAGGAAAUCUGGAGCCAGGAGCGGGACACCGAGAUGGAGUUUGAGCUGGAGCGAGAUUACUGGAUCAACAAGCGAAAGGUGAGUGUGUUUCUGCGAUUGGUUUGUGUACCUGUUUUUUUUUCUUCCUUGUAUUCAGUGGGGGCCGAUUGAGGCUGAUAAAAAAAGAGACAAGUCAUUUGCUAUCGGCGAUGCCAGUUGGUAAGCCGUAUGCCGUAAUCGUACGGAUAAAUAAUUGUCUACCAAACAGAGAUAA